CGUGCAAUUGCUUAUCGGUUUUUAAAUGAUGAAUAAUCAGAGACUAAUGAAGUUAUUAAAAAGAUAAUGGACAUUAUCAUUAUUACCGCAUGAGAAAAUUGUGUCUGAAUUUGAAAAAAUUCGAGAAAAUGUAUCUGAAAAUAUUGCGAACGAUUUAAGAGAAUUUUUCACGCAUUAUGAAGAAAAAUGGAUUGGGCAUCUAAAACCUGAUAACUUCAGUGUAUUCCAAGAAAUUGACGCCAUCAAUGAUGUUGGUGAAAUCUAUCAAAGAGUCUUGUUGAAUAAAUUAGGUAGUCAACGUCCAGAUUUUUGGAAGUUUAUAGUGAAAAUCUUUCAAAAUCAUUCAAGGAUUGUCGGAAAAUUCAGGGAUCUCCAAAUGUCAGGUUGAAUUAUACUUCACGUAUUAAUCACUCAAUUAAUAACAGGAGCAGCAGCGUAACAUCAGGAAUUAAAAAAUUGUGGCAACUACUACUGGAGGAUAGAAUUUUUGGUUCAUGCCCAGGUUGUAUUGAAGGAGUUUUAUAAUGACAUGUUUUUCGAUCAAUACAUUUUACCCGAAGAAUUGACGAUUGUGAGUAUCGACCUUGAUGCAGAACUCGAUCUACUACUUUCACCUCCUCGUCCCUGGCUCUUCGAAAAUAAUGAUUACGACCCUGAAAAUGAUGAUGACGAUGAUGAUGGGAUUGAAAGACCUGUUUUGUACAGAAGUUCUUCAGUUCUUGAAGACAUGAAACGGAUCAUAAAUGAACUUCAACCACCGGAUGAAGAUGAUGAAGAUAUUGACGUAAAUAACGAGUACAACGUCCGGUGCACAAGAUGUAAAAUUGCGUUGGUAACAGCUGUCAAUUUACCCUGCAAACACGUCGAAAUGUGUAAUAACUGUGCGUCAAGACGCAUCAACAAUUGCUGUUCAGUGUGCCAAGAGUCCAUUACAAGAACUGAGCGAAUCUUUCUGCCUACUGACUCAGAAGGUAAUGGAUAUAGCUUGAGAUGUGAAAUUUGUUAUUCUAAUGUUGCUAAUAUCAUGUGGACAACUUGUAACCAUGGACUCUCGUGUAAAACGUGUGCCGUUCAAGUUGCGACACAAGAUGGACUUGGAUUAACAACAACGUCAAAAAUUCGAUGCCCUCACUGCAAUUUAGAAGUUGAAGGAAUGGUAGAAUUUAAAUUAAUGAAGCAUACUGAAAAUAAUUAAUACAUUACUGUUGUGGCCAUUAAUCUUUUCGUUUUUUUUU